CUUUGGCUUUAGCUUUUGAUCUAACCAUAGACUACAAGUAUUGUUGACCACCGAUACCCUCAUUGAUUUUGGGCCCAGAUCGAUAAGUGACAGCCGGGACUUUUCGAGUUUUCCACCUAUCGUUGAGCCCAUUUGUUUUGAUACUGCAUGCUGCAUACCGUCGAAUCACCGCGACACAUAACAAGAAAUCUGUUAUUCAUUUACCAACAGCCCAACCACUGCUCGUUUUGUUUUGGCCGACCAUUCUUCCUUGACAGGCAACGCGUUGUGGUAUUACAUGGCGUGUUUGAACACCUCCGUGCAGUGUUCGCGAUGAAUAGUCACAUGGAUAGUCCAUGUCCUGCAGGGUCCAAUAUCACCGGGACAGGUCUCAGCAGCGAGCAAGAAUACCCAUGGUCAGGCCCCUUGAAUGAUGGUACUCUCGAUGAUUUCGACACCACCGCUGCCAUCGACUUCACGACAGAAAUACGUUUACCUUCGUUGACUCGAGAAAAGCCUCGACGAGCACAUAAAAAAUCAACUUUUGCCAUACAUGAUGAAGGCGCCAAGGCAACCAGCAUUAUACCGCUACCCAGUACUGUAGGAAGUAACAGUCUGAAGCGCAAAACACAGGAUGGCAGGUCUUCUCUGUUUGCUCAGCCGGCACAGCGUUUCCAGCGUCCACGGGUUAGCGGUGCGGGCAAACAAUGCAGCACUAAUAAAGGAAUCUCGAUUGAUGCUGGCCGACGAGGAGAGGUGGAGGGGAAAUCAAAUCAGAAAGAGAUACAGACACAGAAUACGAAAAUGACAUUGACUGAUGACGACUUGAAGAAGGAUGCACGUCGUCAAACAGUGUAUAUUCCCACGGAAGAUACGACAGUACCAGCCAUCUUCAUGAAUUUAUUUAGUCCACUUAAAUCUGACCGCACGAACCCGAGUACCUCUCAGCAUAAAGACGAAACGGUACCCAUAAAUAGCCUCGAGACCCGAAUUGCGGCAAAGAAGACCUCACGAGCGUCAUCACGAAUGUCGAUAGCGCCACGAGGAGCACCACUACAACAGUCAACUAAAGUCACUCAGCAGCGGGCCACCCAUAGUGAUAUCCUCGGCAAGAAUGGUGGGAAGGAAAAUAUACCACCUGGUUGCAUUAUUGGUGGCGGAAAGGAGUUCUCUGCGAAGGAUGAAGGAUUCCCCAUCUUCGGAGCACCAGUCAGAAAACCGUUGCAAAACUCUGUUAAGACCGCCCGAAAGACGCAGUCAAGAUCUUUAAAUAAAGCUAGGAAAGACGCAGAUAGCAAGAGCAGGAAGUCGGUUUACAAAGCCUCCCAGGAAAAACCAUCAACAGGUUUGAUGACCAGGGCUAAGCAUACGAAGACGAAAUCUAAAACCCAUGAAGAUUCUCCUCUGGCGAGAUCAAUAAAUAGACCGCCAAAUCUGUCAACCAACAGUCACCCAAUCGUUCCGCACAAGUUGGCAAUUUCCCAUAUCCGACCCGUUAACAUUGACCGGCAGUAUCCUCUACUAGACGAUGAUAUCUUGAAUCCGAUCAUGUACGAGGAGAAUUGGCUGUUACAUCAAGAAAUUGUUAUCACGCAACUAGUAAACGGUCUUUUUGACUCGACAGAUGGAAAGUUGGAUACUCGAGAUUCUGACACAUUAAGACAUGGACUUCUUCAGAUAUACCAAAGCGAGACUUUCCUACUAUUAUACAAACGGCUACAAGCUUCAAUUUUGUAUGGAGCUUUAUCCCCUCCAAAGGAAAUCCUUCGUCGCGGCAACCGCCUUCCCGAUGAUAUGGGUAUGAAACGAGCAUUCUUAAACUUUUGGUUGGAUACAUAUGACCUACACGCCUUGAGGGCGGCAGCAGAAGUCGUCAUUGGACGUAAAAUAUCAAAUACACCAUUUCAACCCUACAAUGGACCGUCGGACUCGACAACUAAACAAAACAAAGGGCUAAAACGCACCUUAGACACAUUUCUGGAGAAAUUCUUGCUCCGUAAUGAGGACAAGGAACGCAAUGCAGCCAGCCAAGAUGAGAUGCCAGGAUCGCUAUAUCGACGCACAGUAUUAAGAAGCAUUAUGAUCAUUAUUCUACUUGACAAAGGUCGCAUCUCAUCAAAUAAUUUACUACCAAGAUCUCUUUUCUCUACCUCAUCUCCAUUCAAAACCUCUACGACGGCACUACAAGCCUUAGCUAACCAGCUUCUUCCUUCAAUUGGGGAUAUCACGCGCCAACUCAAUCAUUUGGACUGCCAGUUGUCUUACAGCCAACACGAACUCCAAGAUUAUGAGUUUCGCAUUAACAACCUAGCUGUAGACUUGCGGGACGGCGUCAUUCUGACGAGACUGACCGAACUCUUGCUUUACGCUGGUGCAUCCCAUCUGUUUUCUGACAAAGAUGGGAUUGACAGCAUAACACUAACGGAUAAAAAUGUGGCACCUAGGAAUCCUAAGAAUGCAGAGACAGAGACGGAAUGGCCCUUAUCUCAACAUUUGAAAUUCCCUUGCACUAGCCGCGCAACGAAAGUUUUUAACGUGCAAAUAGUGCUUCAAACUCUAUCCCAAGCCACAGACUUCAAGAACAUGGUCCGAGAUGUUUGUGCAGAGGACAUAGUCGAUGGUCAUCGCGAAAAGACCAUCGCUUUGCUGUGGGAAUUAGUCGGAAAAUGGGGUCUUCCGGAGCUCAUAGAUUGGAACGACGUUCGGAGUGAAAUCAAGCGCCUACAGAAGAAGUUACCUUUGACCGCCAGGACUGUUAUCAAAGAAGAUGAAGAAUCGGAAAAUUUGGUCUUUGUUUCACACCAAGAUUUGCUGAUGAAAUGGGCUUCGACACUCGCUCAAUUGAAGGGGCUUGAGCUUAAUAAGUUUAACACAAGCUUUAUAGACGGCAGAAUAUUUGAGAGUAUUAUCGAUGAAUACGAACUUUAUUUGGGCGGAGAACAGAAAAGCCAAUGUUUGACCUCUAAGGCUUUGGCAGAUGACAAAGUCGACGUUCAACAUAGCAAAUUGAGGAUGCGACUACAAUCUUUGGGUUGUAGUUCUCAGUUUGCUUCUCUCGUUUCACCAUCCUCUACUGAAUCUCAUAUCUUUGACGAUAAUUUUGUUCUCGGAGCCCUUACCUUUUUGUGCUCUCGCCUUCUGGUCUCAUCUAAGCGAAUCCGCGCUGCAAUCAUUAUCCAGACAGCUUGGAGACAUGUGUUAGCUUGCCGAAAUUUACAUCGCCGUAUUCUUGCUAAGGAAGUUGCUGAGCAGUGUGCAGCCGUGGUUCGUGCUAGGAGCCGUAUUCUUUGGGCUAAAGGCGUUAUUCUUCAAUGGUGGAGGAAGCAAAAUCGAAAGGAGGCCAACACAACAAUGGACAGGGCCAAUGAAGGUGUCAGGCUACAGACCUCGACCUACACGCCCGAAUGGGAUGAAAGGGGAAAGAAAGGAGAUAUUUUGAAUUGGCCACCUUAACAAUUGCCCGACGGUUGGAGUUUUUGUCUGCUUAUUGGCUGUAUGCAUGUAAGGUAGUCUAGUCAGUGGGUUGAUUUGCGAAUUGGCGCAAUAAACCUGGAUCGCAGACCUUAAGCGGCUACAUAUUUACGCGUACUUUUCAUACCCUAAGAUACCACUUUCUUUUGAAACAUCAAAAUUAUGGAAUGAGAUGGAGUUCAUGUCAAGUUGUCUAUGUUAUCACCAAUAAGC